CCCGCCCCGCUCCGAGCGCGCCGCCGAGGGCCGGCGCCCGGCGGGAGGCAGGGAAGGGAGGCGCUCCCGAGCCCCGCGGAGGCGGCGGGAGAGAUGGGACCGGCACCGGCCCCGCCACCUGCCUGAGCCGCUCCCGGAGCCGCCGCCGCCGCCGCCGCCGCCGCGGGGAGCCGACCGACAUUCAGAAUGGCAGCCUUAUCCACGUUAAUCCUCCUUUUGUGUGCUGCUAAAGAUGUGAUGCCUUCCAGUCCUCACUGGAAGCCAACUUGGCCAUCUUACAGAGUUCCCGUUAUCCUGCCGCAGUCUACCCUAAACUUGGACAAACCCCAGUUUGAUGCUGAAGCCAGACUGGAAGUGGUAUCUCCAUGUGGCCCAGCAUGCCACAAAAGCUCUCCGCUGCCGACUUACGAAGAGGUGAAGAACUACCUGUCCUACGAAACCUUGUACGCUAACGGCAGCCUCACAGAAACCGAGGUGGGCAUAUACAUCCUGAGCAAUGGUGGCGACGGCUCCCGAGGCAGAUCUCGAACUAAGAGGCAGAUCUAUGGCUAUGACAGCAGGUUUAGCAUUUUUGGGAAAGACUUCUUGUUGAAUUACCCGUUCUCCACGUCGGUGAAGCUCUCUACGGGUUGCACGGGGACGCUGGUGGCCGAAAAGCACGUUCUUACUGCCGCUCAUUGUAUCCAUGAUGGAAAGAGUUAUGUCAAGGGAGCUCAGAAACUGCGGGUGGGGUUCCUAAAGCCCAAACAGAAAGAUGGCGGCAAAGGGUCCAAUAUCACCAACUCGGCAAUGCCUGAGAAAAUGAAAUUCCAGUGGAUCCGAGUGAAACGGACACAUGUCCCCAAAGGAUGGAUCAAAGGCAAUGCCAAUGACAUUGGCAUGGAUUAUGACUAUGCCCUGCUGGAGCUGAAGAAGCCGCAUAAAAGAAAGUUUAUGAAGAUAGGUGUGAGCCCACCAGCAAGACACUUACCUGGAGGGAGGAUUCACUUCUCUGGCUACGACAAUGACCGUCCGGGAAACCUGGUUUACCGCUUCUGUGAUGUCAAAGACGAAACGUACGACCUGCUGUACCAGCAGUGUGAUGCCCAGCCGGGUGCCAGUGGAUCUGGGGUAUAUGUGAGGAUGUGGAAGAGACAGAAUCACAAAUGGGAGCGUAAAAUUAUUGGUAUAUUUUCAGGCCAUCAGUGGGUGGACAUGAAUGGCACCCCGCAGGAUUUCAAUGUAGCUGUUCGCAUUACACCCCUCAAAUACGCACAGAUCUGUUACUGGAUCAAAGGCAACUACCUUGACUGCAGGGAAGGAUAAAGACAAUGAAACUCCGUGAAAGCACUUAAUGACUGGUUUUAGUUACUCAUCUGAGGAAAGGCUAGACUUUGUGCUGCAAAUGCGUGUGAUCAUGUAACAUCAAGAGGUGAUAUGUAGCUUUUCAAGCCAGCCACCUUGUUCUUAGGACAGGGACUGGGUGGUGCUAUCAUUACAGCCUGAAACUGGGGAGAAAGGAACGUCUGCUGGGUGGGGAAGGAGCAGGUGGACUUGCUGAAUUUGCAGCUGAGCAACUGAAGAUUAAUUAGGGGCGGAUCAGUAAACAGUAUGAAAACAGAACCGUCUCCAAAGAAUCUUGUAAAAGGGACGCUGUUGACUAUCUCAUGCCUACAAUGUUUGUUUUAAUAAAUCCUAGGAUUAGUAGAAAUGCUUUGAUCUGAACUUUUAAAAGAAAAUAUUUCUAUGCUGUUGGGGGCUGAAGAGGGGCAUUUAAUGGUGUUUGCAACCCAAACAUUACAGCUUUGUGUUCCUGCAUGAGAAAAGGGAGUGUGAAAAGGGCAAGGCAUGCGCCGUGGGAGAUGAAUGCCACACAAAUAGCGUGAAGGGUAAAUAACCACAUAACACUUCUAACUUCCUUUCAGCCUGAGUGAUUUGAGACUUUAUUAGUAACAUAGUUAAGAAAAAUGUUUUUUGAGCAGACAGACCUUGAUGUUGUAAGGAUUUGACUGUGAAGAUGAUGUUGGUCAUAUGAUCAGUGCUGUUACAUCCUGCUUUGAGAAACACUAAUUGCACAUGGGAUUAAAUCUGUAUAGGAGCUGGGACCUAUGAAGGAGCAGGAUCCCUAUGAAUAUACUAGAAAGCGUGUGGGGAAAGGGGCUUUUCUGUUUAUGACCUACUUAAGCCUUUUAAGGAAAACCUCAUGUCAGCAACUCAGAUUUUCAGAGGGGAGGCCUGUCUUCAGUCUUGCUGUCUGUCUGAAUUGCUGCCUGCAGAGCAGGUAAAGGACAGAGCAGGACAAGGAUUCUACUGACUUUUCCCCGUUUGUUGAAGAUCCUUGGUGUUCUACCUAAUAAUGCACCACAUAGAGGGACCCUAGACUUAAAAGUGUCUCUCAGCCAUAUCCCAUUGACAGUGUAAUUUGGGCAUCUUGACUAAUGUUUCUUGUCUUUUUGGAAUAGGAAUAUUCCUCCCUACAUAGAUGUUGAGUUACAAAUAAUUCUUAGCAAAUGCAUAGUUCAGGAUUUCUGCAGCUGGAAUAGAACCACUUUAUAGGAUGCAGCCUGGGUUUGCUAUGAAGUGAUCCUCUGCUGUCUCUUACAGAUAACAGUGAUAUUUUUACUGUAGAAGAAUUAGAGUUGAAAACAAGAACUGUCUUUUUGGGGUAAAACCAGUGCAGCCAAAUGCUGUAGCUCAGCAAACAGCAUUUGGAAAUCAACAUGGUCUGUACAACCAGCCUUUCUUAGAUGGAUUGUGCCACUGUAAUUCAGUGACAUGGUUGAGGACAUGCUGCCAUGCCAAGAUGAUUUUUUAAGUAGGAGGAUAGACACCGGCUCCGGUUCCUCUUCCACCCAUCACUCACUGACUCCUGAAGCUUCCCAAGUUGCCCAUGGUGCUUGGUGUUGUGGGGCAAAUGCACAUCCCUGGUGAGAAAUAUCAAAGCUGGGAAGGAGUGAAUCUAAGCAGAGAUUCCCUGUGCUAUACCAAUACAAGGAAAAUGUUAAUUCAGCUAAGCCUUUUUUUACACUCUACUAAUUACUACGGCAUUUGUAAACAUAUGCCUGAUGGUGCUUUAUCUUUGUGGUGGCUUUGGCUCUAGUUCUGACAAACAUUUUUGCUGGAGCUGCCUAUGAUUAUUAUUUUUAUAGAAGCAGUGUACAAAAAUGUGGACUCUCAUGUGGGUUUUUGGUGCACUCAGAUACAAGCAGUUACUAAUGCUUUGAAAUAUGAAUAAUCACCAUAUGUAUCUGAUGGUAUUUUUCUGACUUUUUGUUUUAAUUUCCUUUACUCUGUGGAUGUUAUCUGGAGCACUUUUGUUUGAAUGUAUCACAGUGAAUAAAGAAAAGUUAUGGAAUUUCAAUGCAGACAUUCUUGUAUUUGUGCUGUAUUGGGUUGCACUUUCAAUCUCAUUUCAGCUACUUACUUGUAAAGACAUUCAGAUACAGAUUUAUUAAAAUCCUCAGUGCUGUUUAUUUCCUUCAAUUUUCUUCUGCUCUUACCUGUUGGAAGUUUUUGUUUGGAUGUAUUGGUUUUGUUUUUUUUGGUAGGCUUAAUUA